AUGGCUUCCGCAGGGAAGCCUACCCUGGAUGACUCCCGCCGGGCGACGGGAUCACCUAAGAUGAAGGCACGAGUGACAAUGACUUACGUGGAUUGUACCAGUAGCAACAACAGUAGAAGACGGCUGAACGUCGACUCCCCGAGCUUUACACCCUCUCUACUAUCCUCCAAUGGCUCUUCGCCAACUACGGCAUCAGUUACAGCGAAGAAAGCCGCAACAAUAUCCCCCAAAGCUGCCAAUGCAGCUCCGUUCCAACCAAGGAAUAUAACUUCACCCUCGAACCCCCUUUCCGCGGCUAGUGCGGUCGGACCAGUCCAGGCCAACCCUUUUGCACAUGAUACUGCGGCGGCAGCUGCAGCACUGGGCGGCGCCUUUUUCGCCGGACAGUCCGGCUUCCAACAACCUGUCCAGUACCAUUUGUACGCUCCUAUUGGCCCUCAUAGUCAAAACACGCUGGGCUACCAACGGAAUGUUCAUGAUCUUUUCCUUCCCAAUGACUUCCGCGAAGAACUGCAGAAGAAAGCUGCAGCUACACUACAAACCUUACCGAACACCCAACUACCCGCUCAAGUCGAUUACUUCCAUUCCCUUGUCCCCUUGGACCUAAAUCACCAGAAGAACGCAACCAUCUUUGGCUUUCCCAGUUGGGUAUAUAAAGCGCAAUCCAGCAAAGAUGGCAAUUUCUAUGCUCUUCGAAGACUAGAAGGUUUUCGCUUGACAAAUGAGAAAGCGAUCCGAUCGGUUCAGGCGUGGAAACGAGUUUGUAACGGAAGCGUGGUAACAGUCCACGAUGCCUUUACCAGCAGGAGCUUCCAAGACAGCUCGCUGAUCUUUGUCACUGACUACCACCCUCUCUCUAAAACACUUGCCGAACAACACCUGGGUGCUGGGAAUAGGUUUCAAGGCCGGCAUAAUACGCACAUCCCUGAGCAGGUCCUGUGGGGCUAUAUGACCCAGAUCGCAAACGGCCUCAAGGCUAUCCACAGCAACGGGCUUGCCGCAAGGAUUCUUGAUCCCAGUAAAGUUCUCGUCACCGGCAAAAAUCGCAUUCGCCUGAACGCCUGUGCUAUCAUGGAUGUGGUCCAGUAUGAUACCCAGCGGUCUAUCGCCGAACUCCAACGUCAGGACUUGGUUAAUUUCGGACAACUCAUUGUGACUUUGGGCGCCAAUACGCCCAGUGUCAUGCAUAACCCCACCAAAGCUAUGGAACAUUUUACCCGUGCUUACAGUCCACAACUCAAGAAUUCGGUGUUCUGGUUGCUCAAUGGACUGCAGAAGGACCAAGACCGAAAUAUUGACAUCUUCAUAACUGGCAUUUCUUCGCAGUUAAUGUCAACAUUCGACUCAGCCCUCCAUCUGGACGAUGAACUGACGUCAGACUUGAGCCGGGAACUUGAGAAUGGCCGUUUGGUUCGUCUAGUGACCAAGUUGAAUUUCGUCAACGAGCGGCCGGAGUAUGAGCAUGAUCGGCAGUGGUCGGAGAAUGGGGAGCGAUACUUCCUUAAGAUGUUCCGCGACUACGUGUUCCACCAAGUUGAUGCUCAGGGUGACCCGGUCGUUGACCUGGGUCAUGUGCUUUCAUGUCUGAAUAAGUUGGAUGCGGGCACGGAUGAGAAAAUCACUUUGGUGAGUCGCGAUGAACAAAGUUGCUUUGUCGUUAGCUACAAAGACAUCAAGAAAGCACUGGAGUCGUCAUUUCAGGCGCUUCUGAAGCCCACCAGAAGGCUUCAUUAA